AUGGGUGCAACUGUAACUGCAACAGCAUCACCAGGGUCAAGUGACAGAUUGACUGAUUCUGAUCCAAUUGAACUAACAGGAAAAAUCAUGGUGGUAGCUAUAAUUUUCCUGUUUGUAGUUGUUAUGUUUGUUCUAAUGCUUCACUUAUAUGCUAAGUGGUUCUGGUGGCGUUUUGAGGAGAGAACAUCUCCUCAACCAAGAAACCUCCGUCGCAGACGGCGGUUUCAGUUUGCUCCAGGUCAAGAUCCUGUCAUCUAUGGUAGUGGAAUUCACCAAAUUGGACUUGAAGCUUCAAUUCUUAAGUCUUUGCCUGUUUUGGUUUUUAAACCAGAAGAAUUCAAAGAUGGUUUGGAAUGUGCUGUUUGUCUUUGUGAUAUUGUUGAAGGAGAAAAAGCUAGACUUUUACCAAAAUGUAAUCAUGGGUUUCAUUUAGAUUGUAUUGAUAUGUGGUUUCAGUCUCAUUCCACUUGUCCUCUUUGUAGGAAUUUAGUUUCUAAUGAAUCCUCUAAACCUAAUAGUACUUCAAAUGCUGAAGAGAUCAAUGUGUUUGUUUCAUCAGAAGGUGAAAAUUUGAGUCCUAUGAAUGGUUUAGAGUCUUCAAAUUUUCCAACAAAUGUUUUGGUAUUUGGUAAUUGCCAAACCCAAACACAAAGACAAAAACAAGGUAGUUCUUUUGGUGUUUCUUUGGAAGAAGGAAGUUCUCAACAACAAGAACAACCUUGUUCAACAUCAUCAUCUUCUUUAGCUAGUGAUAAUACAAUGUUGGUGAUUGAUAUACCAUUAUCAAGUGAGUUUGGUUCUUUGUCUUUGUCAUCUUCUGAUAUUAGGUGUGUUGAAGUUGAAGAUGAGAUGAAAUCACCAAUGUCAACAAGAUUGAGGUCAUUUAAGAGGCUUUUAAGUAGGGACAAGAAGUUAAGUCCUUGUAUUCCAGGUUCUUUGGAUGUUGAACAAGGCCAGAGCUAG